AUGAUUCAGGAUGUGCCCAACUUGGCGUUCAUCAUCGGAUACACCGCUAGGACUUGGACUCUCGGCGCAGAUGUCAUGGCGUUCACCCUUUGCUGGCUGUUGCGGCAUAUGGAGAAGCGGGGGAAGGCUGUCCCCAUGCCUCACAUGACGUACGCAGACACGGAAGGUCACGUUGAUGGUUCCAAUGGUUCAGCUCCUUCCUAG